AUGGGUGCGGCGGCCGUGCGUUGGCACUUGUGCGUGCUACUCGCUCUGGGAGCGCCCGGGCGGAUGGUUGGGGGCAGCGGGCUCCGAGGAGCUGUGGACGUGGAUGAGUGCUCAGAGGGCACAGAUGACUGUCACAUAGAUGCCAUCUGCCAGAACACACCCAAGUCUUACAAAUGUCUCUGCAAGCCGGGCUACAAGGGGGAAGGGAAGCAGUGUGAAGACAUCGACGAGUGUGAAAAUGACUACUACAACGGGGGCUGCGUCCAUGACUGCAUUAACAUCCCUGGGAACUACAGGUGCACCUGCUUUGAUGGCUUCAUGCUGGCUCAUGAUGGACACAACUGCCUGGACGUGGAUGAGUGUCAAGACAACAAUGGUGGCUGCCAGCAGAUCUGUGUCAAUGCUAUGGGCAGCUAUGAGUGUCAGUGCCACAGUGGCUUUUUUCUCAGUGACAACCAGCACACCUGCAUACACCGCUCCAAUGAGGGGAUGAACUGCAUGAACAAAGACCAUGGCUGUGCCCACAUCUGCCGGGAGACGCCCAAAGGUGGGGUAGCCUGUGACUGCAGGCCCGGCUUUGACCUUGCCCAAAACCAGAAGGACUGCACAUUAACCUGUAACUAUGGAAAUGGAGGCUGUCAGCACAGCUGCGAGGACACAGACACAGGCCCCAUGUGUGGCUGCCACCAGAAGUACGCCCUACAUGCGGAUGGCCGGACAUGCAUUGAGAAGGAUGAGGCUGCAAUUGAGCGCUCUCAGUUCAAUGCCACGUCAGUAGCUGAUGUGGACAAGCGGGUGAAACGGCGGCUCCUCAUGGAGACCUGUGCAGUGAACAAUGGAGGCUGUGACCGGACAUGCAAGGACACUGCCACUGGUGUGCGGUGCAGCUGCCCAGUUGGAUUCACGCUGCAGCCGGAUGGAAAGACAUGCAAAGACAUCAACGAGUGCUUGAUGAACAACGGAGGCUGCGACCACUUCUGCCGAAACACAGUGGGCAGCUUUGAAUGCGGCUGCCAAAAGGGCCACAAGCUACUGACGGAUGAGCGGACAUGCCAAGACAUCGACGAGUGUUCCUUUGAACGGACCUGCGACCACAUUUGCAUCAAUUCCCCUGGCAGCUUCCAGUGCCUGUGUCACCGAGGCUAUAUACUCUACGGGACAACCCACUGCGGAGACAUGGACGAGUGCAGCAUGAACAAUGGCAGCUGUGAACAGGGCUGUGUCAACACCAAGGGCAGCUACGAGUGUAUCUGCCCACCGGGGAGGAGGCUGCAUUGGAAUCGGAAGGACUGUGUGGAGAUGAGCGGGUGCCUGUCUCGUUCCAAGGCCUCUGCCCAGGCCCAGCUGUCCUGCGGCAAGGUGGGUGGAGUGGAGAACUGCUUCCUGUCCUGCCUGGGCCACAGUCUCUUCAUGCCAGACUCAGAAAACAGCUACAUCCUGAGCUGCGGUGUUCCAGGUCUCCAGGGCAAGACGCUACCGAAACGCAAUGGCACCAGCUCUGGUGCAGGGCCCAGCUGCUCAGAUGCCCCCACCACCCCCAUCAGGCAGAAGGCCCGCUUCAAGAUCAGAGAUGCCAAGUGCCAUCUCCGGCCCCGCAGCCAGGAGCGAGCAAAGGAUACCCUGAAGCACCCCCUUCUAGAUAACUGCCACGUGACUUUUGUGACCCUCAAGUGUGACUCCUCCAAGAAGAGGCGCCGAGGCCGCAAGUCCCCAUCCAAGGAGGUGUCCCAUAUCACAGCAGAGUUUGAGGUGGAGAUGAAGAUGGAUGAGACCUCAGACACCUGCGAAGCAGACUGCAUGCGGAAGCGUGCUGAGCAAAGCCUGCAGGCGGCCAUCAAGACACUGCGGAAGUCCAUUAGCCGGCACCAGUUCUAUGUCCAGGUCUCAGGCAUUGAGUAUGAAGUGGCCCAGAGGCCAGCCAAGACACUGGAGGGGACAGGGAAAUGUGGCAUAGGCCAAAUUCUACAGGAUGGCAAGUGUGUGCCCUGUGCACCUGGCACCUAUUUCAACGGUGAGCCGGGCCAGUGUAUGCCGUGUGUGUCAGGAACCUACCAAGACAUGGAGGGUCAACUCAGCUGCACGCCAUGCCCCAGCAGUGAAGGGCUGGGUCUGGCUGGUGCCCGCAAUGUAUCCGAAUGUGGAGGCCAGUGCUCUCCAGGCUACUACUCAGUGGAUGGUUUCAAGCCUUGCCAGGCCUGCCCUGUAGGCACAUACCAGCCUGAGCCUGGACGUACCAGCUGCUUCCCCUGUGGAGGUGGGCUGCUCACCAAGCACACGGGGACUGCCUCUUUCCAGGACUGUGAGGCCAAAGUGCACUGCUCUCCUGGCCACCACUACAAUACCACCACCCACCGGUGCAUCCGCUGUCCUGUGGGCACCUAUCAACCUGAGUUUGGCCAGAACCACUGCAUCACCUGUCCGGGCAACACCAGCACCGAUUUUGAUGGGUCCACCAAUGUCACACACUGCAAAAACCAGCACUGUGGUGGCGAGCUUGGUGACUACACAGGCUAUAUCGAGUCCCCCAACUACCCUGGAGACUACCCAGCCAAUGCCGAGUGUGUGUGGCACAUCGCGCCUCCCCCCAAGCGCAGGAUCCUCAUUGUGGUCCCCGAGAUCUUCCUACCCAUCGAGGAUGAAUGUGGUGAUGUCCUGGUCAUGAGGAAGAGUGCCUCACCCACGUCAGUCACCACCUAUGAGACUUGCCAGACCUAUGAGCGGCCCAUCGCCUUUACCUCCCGCUCCCGAAAACUCUGGAUCCAGUUCAAAUCCAACGAAGCUAACAGCGGCAAAGGGUUUCAAGUGCCCUAUGUCACCUAUGAUGAGGACUACCAGCAGCUAAUAGAAGACAUCGUGCGCGAUGGGCGCUUAUACGCCUCGGAGAACCAUCAGGAGAUUUUGAAAGACAAGAAGCUGAUCAAGGCUCUCUUCGAUGUGUUGGCACACCCACAAAACUACUUCAAAUACACAGCUCAGGAGUCCAAGGAGAUGUUCCCUCGGUCCUUUAUCAAACUGCUACGUUCCAAAGUGUCUCGAUUCCUGCGGCCCUACAAAUAGCCAGCCAGCUGUCCUGCUUGGGGAUAGUGGGAACCAGGGGGGAGGGGAGCGUGCCUUCCCUCUAUAGCAGGAGCUGAAAGGGGGCUCCAUGGGCCUCCAGGUUGCCUUGGGAAACCCAUGACACCUGCCUCUGGCAAAGCCAUCCAGCCUGUACCAGUUCAUGGAAGGCCUAAA